CCGAAAGUUCCCGUGCGAGGCAGAAAUUGCGCCUGCAACGAAAUUUCGCUGCGAGCCGCCGCGGAGAGACAGCGGUGCUGCCCCUCCCGCAGCCCCUCCCGCCGCGAUUCCCUCGACGAGGAUCAAAAGAGCCCCCCUCUCCCCCGCGCCCUCACAUCGAAAUGGUGCCGCUGCCUCCCAGCCCAACCGGUCAAGUUAAUUCCGGAACAAAGGAGGACACAAACACAAAGGAUCGCUCUCCCCCCGCCUUCCUCUCUCCCCGACUCCAACUUCCCCGGUGCCCGGGCCCGGCCCGGGCCGCCCCCCCGGGUCCCAGCGCCCGGCAGAGGGGGGUGGCAGAGGGGACAGCGGGGACGCGGGGCCGGUCUCUCCUCUGGGCGUUGAAAGGGGAGAAAUGCUCGCACUCAGGCCCGAAAGGGUAAAAAAAAAAAUAGUCUAUUACGGAUGGGUCGUCUCCCACCCCCGGGGCACGGAGCCCCUAAGGCAGCACCCGGGGCACGGAGGCAGCGGGGAGCAUCUUCCGAUGACGGCGCGACUCGGGCAAACUUCCCACGCCGGUGGCAGGGAGCCCCGCGCAGCCCCGCGGGUCGCGGUCCCGCGUGCGCCCCUACGGUGGGAGAAGAGCCCGGGGCCGCUCCCAGCCUCGAGGUGCCCCCGCCCGCGGGGCCCCGUCCCGGAGAGCGGCGGGGAGGGCGGAGGCCGGGAGGCGGCAGGCGUCGGCCCUUUGCGAAAGUAUCCCCGCAGCCUUCCUUCCCCCCGAGCGGACGCGAGAGCGGAGAGCCGGGGAGGGAGAGAGCGGGAGGACGCGGAAAACGCGGUGGAAGACGGCCGCGGGUGCGAGGCUGUCGCUGGGGAAGGGUGAGAGGAAGACGCGCGCCGAAGCCGCGCCGCAAACUUUCAGCCCCCGUUCGUAACGCGCUCGGCGAGGGGACGGCGGUGCCCGACCCAAAGAGGGGAAAAGCGGCUCUCGGAGACGUCCGCCGUAACUUAGAGCCGAGCGCCGGGGCGGCAGGAAGGCGCCGGGACUGCGCGCCCGGCACGGGAUCCGCUGCGCUCCUCCGCUGUGCUCCGGGGAUCCCGGGAGCCGCUCUGCGGGGCCGCUCCGGGUGCUGCGAGGAAAACAAAAAAAAAAAAUGUAAAGGAUUUGAAUUUGGAUUUGGAUUUUGAUUUCAAUUUCGAAUUGAAUCCCUCGUCCUCCCGCCGGCC